ACGGGACAUGAAAAGUAGCAAAUGUAUAUCUCACCUGAGCUGAUGUGGUACUGCGCGGGGUUUAUGUGAGGAUCAGAGAUGGUGCAUUCAACACAAGAACAUAUGGCCACCUAAAUACAUAUUAAACACUAUCCUGGUGGACUUUUUGUCAGUUGCCUGCUGCUAAUAAGGCCAUGAAUAUUACGAGUUUACUAGGAAACACUAAAGGUAGCAGUGGAAGUCCAUCUCACCCUCUCACACACCGCACAGUUACCAGUAUGGCUUACACUCAUAACUCUCACCAAGUUAUGUUGUCAGUUUGGAAGAAGAUAACUCGCGCUGUGAUUUCGCCGUCUUGCAGUGGGACUGCAGCGGGCUUCUCUCUAGGGCCACGACAAACUCUGUCUCUCUGCAGCGACAGACGAGGUCUGUACAUUAAUCCCAACAGAAAAAGCUCCGGGAAACGCUACAAUGUGCCACCGAGCGCCGAGUUUGUUGCACGGGUGUCAGGGAUCCCCACUAUGGCCAAGUUGCCCUACCAGGAGACAGCGGACGGGCUCGAUGCGGCGUUUGUCGGCGUCCCAAUUGAUACCGGGACCUCCAACCGACCUGGAGCAAGGUUUGGUCCCAGGCAGAUCAGAGUGGAAUCUGCCAUGCUGAGAUCUUACAACAGUGGCACCAGGGCAGCACCUUAUGAGUCCCUUAUGGUGGCUGAUAUUGGGGACGUCAAUGUGAAUAUGUAUGACCUGAAGGACACAUGCAAACGCAUCAGGGAGGCCUACUGGAAGAUCCUGGCUACUGGCUGCAUUCCUCUCACUAUGGGUGGCGAUCACACAAUUGCAUAUCCGAUCCUGCAAGCUGUUGCUGAGAAGUAUGGCCCAGUGGGUCUGGUCCAUGUGGAUGCUCAUGCUGACACCAGUGAUGUGGUCUUGGGGGAGAAGAUCGGACAUGGGACUCCAUUCAGACGUUGUGUGGAGGAGGGGCUACUGGACUGCAAGAGAGUGGUCCAGAUCGGCCUGCGUGGUUCAGGCUACUCUGCAGAUUCAUAUGAAUGGAAUCGGUCACAGGGUUUCCGUGUGGUACAAGUGGAAGAAUGUUGGUUCAAAUCUCUUGCGCCUCUGAUGGCUGAGGUCAGGGCUCAGAUGGGCAGUGGUCCAGUUUACCUCAGUUUCGACAUCGAUGCUCUUGACCCGGGCUUUGCCCCUGGAACAGGCACACCAGAGAUAGCAGGGCUUACUCCCAUACAGGGAGUUGAGAUUAUUCGGGGCUGCCGUGGCCUAAACCUUGUUGGAUGUGAUCUAGUGGAGGUGUCUCCACCCUAUGACACCACAGGGAACACUGCACUGACUGGUGCCAACCUCCUUUUUGAAAUGCUGUGUGUCCUCCCAAAAAUUAAAUACUCCUAAUCAGUACAGACCACACAGUACAGAACAGGUAGUUUGUUAAAAAUAAAUACAGAUAACCGAACGCCAAAUGAGCAGGCUGUCCUGCAACAAUUACAAUUUAAUGUUUUAUUCAAUAAAGAUAUUGCAUUUUAUUACAACGAUCAAGAUGAUGAAUGCACUAUCGAAGAACAACUGAAACAGCAGCAGAUGUCAUUUACACCUACUUGUAAAAGAGUAUUCCAUGUAAUAUAUUAACAGUGACAUUUUUACAGUUUAUGUUAACAAAACAAAUGAAUAAACCAAGCGCACACUAA